CACUUACGCCAGCCAGUGGUCGAGCUGAAAAACUGUCAAGUGAGUGAACAGGAUGGGGACGGCUUGAGAGCAGCAAAAACACGUAAAAAAUGUAACGAGAAGUUGUAAAAACAACUUUAAAAGUUAUCCAUGCCAUGUUUGGAGUUUAUCACAGCACAUGUUAGUAACCUACAGUCCUCCAACCUUCUCCUCCUUUUCUAGAGCAGCAGCAGCCUUGGGCAGUGCCUGUUUUUCCCCUGCGAUAAGAGUAAGCAGCCAGUUUCGGAAGAUGUCAGCGCCCAGUAACUCCCUUCAGCAGCCGAGGGUGAGGCGCAGCAAUGCGGGCUCCCCGGGCUCGUUCACCCAGAGCGGCAACAGCUGCAGCCGCUUGCACCCCAUCCGCGCCACCGUGCCUUACCAGCUCCUGCGUGGGGGUCCGAGCAGCCCCACACGGCCACAAACCCUGCACGGAGGAACAACAACCAGCCGGGUCUCGAGUAGCAGCCCCCCCUCCAGUCCUCCGCUAACUUCAGGAAGUACCAAGCAAAGAGUGUCACCCGAAAAUAAGGAGGUUUGCUGUCCCCCAGACUCCCUUGUGUCAAAAGCGGAAAGAUCCAAACUACAGGUGCGGAGCUGCAGUGUCAUACGGAGAGCGUCUUCCUUGGACGCCAUCACAGGACCGUACCUCACUGGCCAGUGGCCGCGGGACUCCCACGCUCCGUACCCUUCCUGUAUGAAAGACAAAGCCACACAGACUCCAGGUCUCUGGAUCGACGAAGCCGCUGAGCUGGGAAGUCCUCACCAGCGAUCAGCGUCGUGGGGGAGCGCAGAUCAUCUGAAAGAGAUCGCUAAGCUGCGCCUGCAGCUGCAGCGCAGCAAACAGGUGACCAGGCAGAGCAAAGACAGGGAGCUGAGCUCCCUGCAGCUGCCGCAGCAGCACAGCGCCGCCUGCCAAUCACAGUACAAGGGAACUUCUUCAACUUUAACGUCAAACCCGAUGGCUAAGUCUCUGAUAUGCAGAGUGCCGAGCAGCGUGGAGGGAAUCAACCAUGAGCUGGAAAACGUUUUCAUACGAGACGACUGGGAGGACGGCCUGCAGGCCAUGGAGGCGGUGGAUGGCCGCCGCCCGCCCUUCCCUCCGAGCCGCUACAGCAGCAGCAGCGGUGAGACUCGGGACACGGACACACAGGCCCCGUCCAGCGGCGAGUCGAGCCCGUCGCCCCGACCCAGCAGCUCCGACCACCUUCACUCCCAGGACGGAAGUCCCUGUUCUGCUGAGGAAAUCGAUAAAGACAGCAGGUGCAGCUCUCCUCUUCCCAAGUUCGCCACUUCGCCCAAACCAAACAACAGCUACAUGUUCAAACGGGAACCUCCAGAGGGAUGCGAGAGGGUCAAAGUGUUUGAUGAGCUGGUAUCGGGCAAAUCCAAAGGCUUCCCUCUGUUCUCGUGCCCUGACAAAAACAAGGUGAACUUCAUCCCCAGAGGCUCGGCCUUCUGCCCCGUCAAACUCCUCUGCUCCUCCCUGUUCUCCCCCAUCAGCCCCAGUUUUCACGCCAACAGCGGCCUCACAACUCAGGUGACCCCGACUCAGCCCGCAGCGCCAGCAGCUACGUUUUUGUCCUCCGCAGACCUGAGCGGCGGCGGCGGCCUGAGUGCUGAGUCAGGAGACGGCUCAGCACAUGUAGUCCUCACCAGCUGGUCCUCAGGUAUUCAUGACCAAACCACCUACAAAUAAAACAUUGCAUCUAGCCUGGUGGUUUGGCUUAAAAACAAAAAGAAAAAAAAAAUGACAACAAAAAAAUUGCACUCUGAUAAUCCUAACAUUAGCCAGCAGGGGGCGCCCUGGACCCGGAAAUGGAUUCCUGUUUGAGGAUAAUACUUGAUGUCUGGGCAUUGUGGCUGACCGCUCUCCUCCCAUCACUAACCUAACCCACCAUCGUCACAUAUAGCAGGAAAUCGUUUGCUUAUUCUGCAAUAAAUAGAACUGAAUAAUUAAAUUAUAUGUAGCGUUGGCAGUCUUAUCAAGAUAAAAAUAAAUAAAAAUUUAAAAAUGAUUUAAAAAAAUCCUGAAUUGUAACCAUGCAAUAUCAGCAGAGACUGCAUUGUGUUCAUGUUAUUAUCCAGCUGUUCAGUGUUGAAGCUAAAAUACAAAUGGGAUUUCUUAUAAUUUACCCCAUUUUGGCUCUAAAGGGCACAAGACAUUUUUAUUUUUAUUGUUAUUUCUGACAUAUAUGUUUGAAUGUCCUUGUUGCGUUUUGUUAAUGAGAAGCAGCAGUACUUGUUGAGUGCAGUUGCAGGAUAUUUUUAAGGCCAGGCCUGAACCUGUACGCAGUGUGAUUACCAUGGCAACAAGACGAGCUAAGCACAAACCGCAAAAAAUACGAGCUGUUUAAUCGGUGACCAAGUAACCACAAAGCACACGACUUUCCUAUCGCCUUCUUAUUGGUCCAACCGACUGUUCGCAGUAACUCAGGUUGUGUAGAAGCGAAUGGUGGGGCUGUGCUGCCAUUCUGAGUGUUUAUAGUGAUUUUCUCACAAGGAGAUUUUUUUUUUUCAUUCCCAGGAAAGUUUAAUUCAGACUGAAUUUUUUAGGUUUUGACAUUGAAGCCAGUUCCAGGUGCCUACGACACAUUCCUCACCGAGCUGCUGAAGUUACGUUAAUUCACAAGCUGUUUCGAUUUGUCUUGAGAAUGUUGCAGCUAUCUAAAAAUUAUAUUAAACACAAACCAAAGCAAACGACAAAACGGCACAGAGGCCGUCGUAUUCCAGAUAUCAGACCAAUGUUUGUGCCAGAAUGUUUGUGUGUUUUUCAUUUUUGUAAAGUGAUUCAGUGUCAUAUGAGGCUCGGGGUCAAUUUGCUCCUUUCAGGUCCGGAGCCCCACUUUAUACCUGUAAAUAAGCUGUUUGAUCUAUUUCACUGGUCAAAAUCAAUAAAAAUGGGAAAGAAAAACACAAAAAAGCUGAAAGAGACAA